AUGGCCGAAUACCCCGCUAGGAAAAUACUAGGCAAGUACGGCACCGGCCUUAACUUACUAUAUGCAAUAAGGAUCCAGUACUGGAAUAUGCUAUUCGCCAGAGACAAAGCAGCGUAUAUCCAAUACAAGACGUGCACAGCGUCGACAAGCCAAGGGUAG